CGCGGCCUCCCGGCGCCGGUGAAGACAGGUAGGGAGGCGGAGGGACGGGAAGCCUGCGAACGCCCAGCGGCUGGGGCAGCGCACUCCGGGGGCUUCUGCAGGAAAUUGCUCGCCUGGCUCAAGGCGACUGCGGUGUCAGAGAAAGUGGGGGACCGCAGAGGAGACCCGCCCCGGCUCGCUCUCCCGAGGCUGAGAUGCGGUUGCUCCUGCUCCUGCUGCUGCUGCUCGCUCCAGCGCCCGGGUCCUCGGCUCCCAAAGCGAGGUGGCAGAGUGACACCUGGGGACCUUGGGGCCAGUGGAGCCCCUGCAGCCGGACCUGUGGAGGGGGCAUCAGCUUCCAGGAGCGCUCCUGCUACUCCCAGAGGAGAGAUGGAGGCUCCAGCUGCGUGGGCCCCACCCGGAGCCACCGCUCUUGUCGUACGGAGAGCUGCCCCGACGGCGCCCGUGAUUUCCGGGCCGAGCAGUGCGCGGAGUUCGACGGUGUGGAGUUCCAGGGGCGGCGGUACCGGUGGCUGCCCUAUUACGGCGCCCCAAACAAGUGUGAACUGAACUGCAUUCCCAAGGGGGAGAACUUCUACUACAAGCACAGGGAGGCCGUGGUCGAUGGGACGCCCUGCGAGCCUGGCAAGAGGGACGUGUGUGUGGACGGCAGCUGCCGGGUUGUCGGCUGUGACCACCAGCUGGACUCGUCCAAGCAGGAGGACAAGUGUCUGAAGUGCGGGGGUGACGGCACGACCUGCUACCCUGUCACAGGCACCUUUGACGCUAAUGACCUCAGCCGAGGCUACAACCAGAUCCUCAUAGUUCCCAUGGGUGCCACCAGCAUCCUCAUCCAGGAGGCUGCUGCCAGCAGGAACUUUCUGGCCGUGAAGAAUGUUCAUGGGGAAUACUACCUCAAUGGGCAUUGGACCAUCGAGGCGGCCCGGGCCCUGCCGGCAGCCAGCACCAUCCUGCAUUACGAGCGGGGUGCUGAGGGGGACCUUGCCCCCGAGCGGCUCCAUGCCCGGGGCCCCACCUCGGAGCCCCUGGUCAUUGAGCUCAUCAGCCAGGAGCCCAACCCCGGCGUGCACUACGAGUACCACCUGCCUCUGCGCCGCCCCGGCCCCGGCUUCAGCUGGAGCCACGGCUCCUGGAGUGACUGCAGCGUGGAGUGUGGCGGAGGCCACCAGUCCCGCCUGGUGUUCUGCACCAUUGACCAUGAGGCCUACCCAGACCACAUGUGCCAGCGCCAGCCACGGCCGGCUGACCGCCGCUCCUGCAACCUUCACCCUUGCCCGGAGACCAAGCGGGCCUCUUACCUGCACCGGCCUGGAGCGUGGCACCUUGCUGGGGCCCGGCGAGUGUGUGGGAACAGCUGGAAGUCAGGGCCGUGGGGGUCCUGCUCGGCCUCCUGCGGAGGAGGCUCCCAGUCCCGCCUGGUGUUCUGCAUCUCGUCUGACGGGGCUGGAGUCCAGGAGGCGGUGGAGGAGGCUGAGUGUGCCGGGCUGCCUGGGAAGCCCCCUGCCGUGCAGGCCUGCAACCUGCAGCGCUGCGCUGCCUGGAGCCCAGAGCCCUGGGGAGAGUGUUCUGUCAGCUGCGGUGUCGGCGUCCGGAGGCGGAGUGUCACUUGCCAGGGUGACGGGGGUUCUUUGCUCCAUACCGCAGCAUGCUCCUUGGAAGACCGGCCACCUCUCACUGAGCCCUGUGUGCAUCAGGACUGCCCCCUCCUCAGUGACCAGGCCUGGCAUGUUGGCGCCUGGGGUCUAUGCUCCAAGAGCUGCAGCUCGGGCACUCGGAGGCGACAGGUUAUCUGUGCCAUUGGGCCGCCCAGCCACUGUGGGAGCCUGCAGCACUCCAAGCCUGUGGACGUGGAGCCUUGUAACACGCAGCCCUGUCAUCUUCCCCAGGAAGACCCCAGCAUGCAGGAUGUGCACAACCCCGCCAACAGCCCCCAGAUGCCUUUGGGCCGUCGGGAGUCCCCUGCCUCAGACUCCAGAGGCCAGUGGUGGGCAGCCCAGGAGCACCCCUCAGCCCGGGGUGACCCCAGGGGAGAACGAGGUGAUCCCAGAGGUGACCAGGGCACCCACCUGUCAGCCCUGGGCCCUGCUCCCUCUCUGCAGCAGUCCUCAUUCCAGCAACCCCUGCGGUCUGGCUCAGGGCCCCAUGACUGCAGACACAGUCCUCAUGGCUGCUGCCCCGAUGGCCACACAGUGUCUCUCGGGCCACAGUGGCAAGGCUGCCCCACAGCCCCCUGUCAGCAGAGCAGGUACGGGUGCUGCCCUGAUGGCGUAUCUGUUGCUGAGGGGCCCCAUCACGCUGGUUGCACGAGGUCAUACAGUGGAGACAGCGCUGGGAGCAGGCCCAGGUCAAGGGCAGUGGCUUCUACAGUCCACCAUACCCACCGGCCCCAGGCCCAGCAGAAUGAGCCCACUGAGUGCCGGGGCUCCCAGUUUGGCUGUUGCUAUGACAACGUGGCCUCUGCAGCUGGUCCCCUUGGGGAAGGCUGUGUGGGCCAGCCUAGUCAUGCCUAUCCCGUGCGGUGCCUGCUGCCCAGCGCCCAUGGCUCUUGUGCAGACUGGGCUGCCCGCUGGUACUUCGUCGCCUCUGUGGGCCGAUGUAACCGCUUCUGGUAUGGUGGGUGUCAUGGCAAUGCCAAUAACUUUGCUUCGGAGCAAGACUGCAUGAACAGCUGCCAGCCUCUCCACGGGCCCCGCCAUCCCCAGCCUGGGGCCUCUGGCCAGAGCACCCACACAGAUGGUGGUGGCAGCAGUCCUGCAGGCCAGCAGGAACCCAGCCAGCACAGGACAGGGGCUGUGGUGCAGAGAAAGCCCUGGCCUUCUGGUGGUCUCUGGCGGCAAGACCAAAAUCCUGGGCCAGGGGAGGUCCCCCACAGGCAGGCCUUUGGAGAAUGGCCUCGGGAGCAGGAGCUUGAGGCCAGGGUCCCUGGACUGGGCGGAGAUGCUGGAUGGCCAGUGCCACCCUUCCAUAGCUCCUCCUACAGGAUUAGCUUGGCAGGUACAGAGCCCUCCUUGGUGCAGGCGGCUCUGGGACAGUUGGUGCGGCUCUCCUGCCCAGAUGACACUGCCCCAGAAUUCCAGGCUGCCUGGCAGAAAGAUGGCCAGCCCAUCUCCUCUGACAGGCACAGGCUGCAACCUGAUGGCUCCCUGAUCAUCCACCCCCUGCAGGCAGAGGACGCGGGCACCUACAGCUGUGGCAGCACCCGGCCAGGCCACAACUCUCAGAAGAUCCAGCUUCACAUCAUAGGGGGUGACAUGGCUGUGCUGUCUGAGGCUGAGCUGAGCCGCUUCUCUCAGCCCAGGAAUCCACCUCAGGACUUCGGCCAAGGUGGCACUGCUGGGGUCCUGGGGGUCAUCCCCUCCUCACACCCACAGCCUGCAAACUGGCUGCGUUUGGACCGGAACCAGCCCCAGGUGGUAGACACCAGUCCAGGCCAGCAGAUCCGGCUGACCUGCCGCGCCGAAGGCUUCCCACCCCCAACCAUUGAGUGGCAGAGAGAUGGGCACCCUGUCUCUUCUCCCAGACACCAGCUGCGGCCUGAUGGCUCCCUGUUCAUCAGCCAAGUGGCUGUAGAAGAUGGCGGCUUUUACACCUGUGUCGCUUUCAAUGGGCAGGACCGAGACCAGCGAUGGGUCCAGCUCAGAGUUCUGGGGGAGCUGACAAUCUCAGGAAUGCCCCCUACUGUGACAGUGCCUGAAGGUGACACUGCCAGGCUGUUGUGUGUGGUAGCAGGAGAAAAUGUGAACAUCAGGUGGUCCAGGAAUGGGCUACCCGUGCAAGCUGACGGCCACCGUGUCCACCAGUCCCCAGAUGGCACGCUGCUGAUUUACAACUUGCGAGCCAGGGAUGAGGGCUCCUACACAUGCAGCGCCUACCGGGGGAGCCAGGCAGUCAGCCACAGCACCGAGGUGAAGGUGGUCUCACCAGCACCCACUGCCCAGCCCAGGGACCCUGGCAGGGAAUGCAUCGACCAGCCAGAGCUGGCCAACUGUGAUUUGAUCCUGCAGGCCCAGCUCUGUGGCAAUGAGUAUUACUCCAGCUUCUGCUGUGCCAGCUGUUCCCGUUUCCAGCCUCACGCUCAGCCCAUCUGGCAGUAGGGAUGACGGCCAGCUCCAGCCCCAAUCCAAAAUACUUCACAGGGCUGGGGAGAAAGGAAAAUGGACUCUUGGCUUCCUCUCUGGCUGGCAAACAGAGUUAUCAUCUGGAAUACAUUAGCCCUUUCAAAAACCCACCUAGUGUUUAGCCUAAACAGCAGCAAGUACCAGCUUCCCUCUGUAGCUUUCAGCAGUGUUUGCAUCUCUGACAUAAACAUAGGCUGCUGUUGUCAAGAAGAGCAAUCUGUUUGGUUAAGAGCAACCUUUACUUUUUAAAGAUUUCCUUUAUAAUUUCUGUUAGACAGGACUAGUCCAAUGCAUUUUUUUUUUUUU